AUGGAUUUCAACACUAACGGACCGCAUCUUGCCCCGCACCCUCACCAGUACCCGCCGCAGCAGGGCUCUCCCAGUCCCGCCUAUUCCCAGUAUUCUACUGCCAUAGACCCGCAUCUGGCGUCUACCCCAGCAGCUCAACGCCAUUUCCCUCAUAAUAACAUGGCCGGCUCUUCUCCUGGGUUCAAUGCCUCGCCGCGCUACAGCGCCUCGCCGGGCCACCAGCAGCAGUCAAACUUUGUUCCGUCUGAUCGAUCGCUGCCGGCGACAGACACCAUCUCGGCCGAUAAUCUCGACGAGAUCUAUGCGGCUUUUAUCCUGUACUGCAAUCCCUACUUUCCUUCGAGUCAUGACACAACCGAAUUGAAGAAGAUAUUUAAGAAGCCGCCGAUGAGCGAUAACAAGACAUUUGAUCCGUAUAAUCUGUUCGAGCUCUUGAAGAAACUUGAAAAGGGUGAAAUUAAAACUUGGAUACAACUGGCUCUGGACCUGGGUGUCGAGCCUCCAGACAUCGAAAAGGGCCAAAGUACGCAGAAGGUGCAACAAUACGCCGUGAGAUUGAAGCGAUGGAUGCGUGCCAUGCACAUCGAUGCAUUUUUCGAUUUCUUGCAAGGCAAGCCGCAUUCGUACUACGCCAACAUUCCUCCGUUAAAUGAACCAUUCCCUCCGGGUGGACGUGACGGUGUCCCACUGGAGGAAGAUUUGGCGAUCCGCGGCCUUGACCCUGCCUUCAAACCAAAGCGUGGUCGAAAGAAGGCAGACGAGUUGGAAGACGACGAUCAUGGCACCCCGCCGCCGAAGAGGCCUCACCUGGACACUUCAUUCGCGUUCAACAGCGGCAACCAUCCACCAUCGGCGUAUCCAAACAGCGCACUACCCAUGAGCGCACACCCUGACAACUUUGUCGGCCAUGACCCUUGGACAGCAGCCUCAAUGGGAACACCUAACACUAACCAGAGGGGGCUAACUCCGAAUUCUGCCCUGAAUGCCGCCGGUGCACCCCACCUUCGUUGGCAGGUGAACAGCCACGAGAACCCCAGCACACCUCACCCUCUUUCUGCAGUCAGUCCGAUGACAGAGCGACCUCCAGACUCUGCCUUUGAUGAGCCACUAUCGGUUCGCGAUGGACCUUACGUAACCUUCCCUGCGAAUCCAAACACCAAAGAGCAACCGACCGUUGACCUCACUCGAACUACGCCGGAUCCCACAACUGCGGGCGCCCAAUUGCUGGAUGCUGCACAGAGUCAAGGCCAGACUCAGGUGCCACAGCACACUGGGGGGCCGGUCCAUCUGGUCACGCCGACUGUACUAGUGAAUGGCGAGUCGAACAGUCCGGACAAGCAACCAAGCUCGGCAGAGGCAGCCAGUGAGCUUCCUAAAGUCACUAGAGAGAUGCUUAAGCGAUUGCUUGCCGCUGAUCUUCUCCGCGCCGAUGUCAAUGGUCGAAAACGCCUGCGCGGGCAUGAGGCGAAAGACCUUGCUGAUGCACUCCUGACACAGCUCAGUAGCCAGAACGAGCCAAGCGGCACGGGCGAUGAUGCGUCGAACCAAGGUCUUGCAAACUGGCUUGGAUUUUCAACCCAUCUUGGCUUAGGGCCGACACCGGUCCCAAGUGGCAUCAAAAAGAUUGAUGUGCAAAAGUAUCGGGUUAGCGAUGACGGGUAUGAGAGCCCUAUCGAUCCAGACGAUGAUAGUGCGCUAGCUCUAGGCGAUGGUUCAAAGAUCAAGGAGACUUUCGACGUCAGCUGGGCCCUCACGCUGGGUGGCUGUACAGGGAAGUUUGCCGUCAAAGGCUUGAUGAUUGAAUCAAAGGGAUGUGGAGAGAAGGAGGAGAAGGAGGGAGGAGAGGGGUUGCAGAGUAAGCAAAAGGAGAAGAGUCUCGAGGAGAGAGUCAAAGAACUGGAAGGCCAGUUGAAAGGCAAAGACAGAGAGGUGCAGCUAUGGAGACAGCGAGUACUGGAAGCUGUUUUGUGA